AUGUCCGCCUUGAAAGAUUACAAGUACAAUGAGGAAGAAGAUGGUGAAUUACCUUCGUUGGUUACCGGUACAGAAUCGGAUUUGAAUGACAUUUUGAACCAUGUAAAGAGUGAUGGGGGAAUUAAUAUUGUAAGUGAGGAUAAGAUUGCUAGAACUAAUUUACAGAAUUCUAAUUCUGAUAAUUCCACUACUUCAUCUAGGAAAAUCCCCGUUUCGAUCAUUACUGGAUAUCUAGGGUCAGGUAAAUCAACUCUACUGGAGAAGCUUGCCCAGAAGGGUUCUGAUAAGAAGAUCGCAGUUAUAUUAAAUGAAUUCGGUGAUUCUAGUGAAAUUGAAAAAGCUAUGACUAUUCGUAAUGGCGAAAAUAGUUAUCAAGAGUGGUUAGAUUUGGGUAAUGGAUGUCUCUGCUGUUCUUUGAAGAAUGUUGGUGUUAAGGCAAUUGAAGAUAUGAUCCAAAGAUCACCGGGAAAAAUUGAUUAUAUCCUAUUGGAGACUUCUGGUAUUGCAGAUCCUGCACCUAUUGCCAAGAUGUUUUGGCAAGACGAAGGUUUGAACAGUAACGUUUACAUUGAUGGGAUUAUAACUGUUCUUGAUUGUGAACACAUUGUUAAAUGUCUUGAUGAUGUAUCUGAACAGACACAUUGGCAUGGUGAUCAAGUUGUGUUGGAGGACAAGUUAACCAUUGCACAUCUACAAAUUGCCAUGGCUGAUAGAUUAAUUAUGAAUAAGUUGGACAGAAUAGAGAACGAUGAGAAUAAAAUAAUGAAAUUAGAACAGAGAAUCAGAAGCAUUAAUUCUGAAGUCCCAAUGUUUUAUACCAAGUUUGCGGAUAUUGGAAUAGACAAAUUAUUGGAUUUACAUGCAUUUGAUGCUAGAAACGUUCCACAAGAAGGUGGGAGCGGCUCCACAUUCCACGAUCCAAGGAUGUCCACGGUGACAUUAAAUUUCAGACCAUUGAAGACACAAGAAUAUGAUAAGUUUGAAAAAGAAUUCCUGCAAGUUUUAUUGUGGAAGGAAAUGGGUGUCUGUAACGAUAACAUCCAAGGUGAAGUACAUAGGACGAAGGGACUUUUACUAGUCGACGAUAAGGUACGAGUGCUUCAAGGUGUAAGAGACACCUAUGAAGUGUUCGAUGGUGAAGAAACAUCUUCCAGAACUUGUAGAAUAGUCUUUAUUGGUAAAAGUUUGGAUCAAAAGAGCAUCGCAGACCUGCUACAUAACGUAAUUAAAUGA